UGAUCCCACUAUUUCAGAAGAAGAUGAAAUUAUUAUCGAAGCUCCUCCUGAUAAUAUUCAAAGAUCAUUGAUUAUAUCUGAUAAUGUUCCUGACAUUAGAUUAGUGAGACAAUUAGAAGAUUUUGACAGUUCUCAGAUUUUGUGUGAUAUGGAGGUUAAGACUCUGAAUUGUACUUGUUUUACAUUUCAUGAAGACUCUGAACUUUAUAUAUGACAAUCGUUUUGCUACUUUUAUAGGUAUAAAUAUGUCUGGAGCUGAAGAUUUUAUAGCACCACCUCCUCUUGGACCAGAAUUAGCAAGUGGAAAAUGGAAAGUUCGCAUCAUAGAUGGUGAUGCAAGAAUUACAGAGGAACGAAUAUCUGGAAAAGAAGUGUGGAGCAUGCAAAACCGACGGGUUAUGGUUGAUUUCAAUACAAAAGGACAAGCUAUCAAGGAUUCUGGAGGUUUAUUUGGUUCGUGGCUAGGCUCACUAAGUAAUGAUCUUAAUCUACUACCUAUAAAUUACACAGAUUGGAGGAAAGUUUCUAACUACAGAAAAGAGAUGGCUUGGAAAGUAAUUCAGAAAAAAUUCUGGUUUGAUGACCCAACAAAGAGGAAGAAAUAUGUUCUAUCUACUCUAGGAUGUAGAUGUAGAGACUUGAAGCAACGUCUUUGGGAUGCUCAUAGACGAAACACGAUACAAGAAGCAUUUGAAUCGCGGUAGGGUCUAGUUCCAGAAGACCAAUGGAGAGAGUUUGUGGAAAUGCAAUUCACUGAUAAGGCAAAAAAAAUGAGAGAGCGUAAUAUUAAGAGUCGAAGCAAACAUAAGAUGCCGCAUGCACUUGGUAAAAAGAGUUUAGCUAGAAAGGCUCAUGAGAUGGAAGAGGAGACAGGCAUAGAACCAAGUCGACGUGAACUUUUCAUUACAUCACGUACUAGAUCAGAUUGAAGUUUUGUUUGUAACGAAGCAAGAAUCUCUGUGGAUAAGCUGAAACAAGUAAUGACCGAGAAUAUUCAAAGUGAAGCACAUGAUGCAUUUGAACAAGUAUUUGGUCCGGAGCAACCGGGAAGAGUUCGAUGUGUUGGGCGUGGUCCGACAACAUCUACGUACUUCUCUAAUUCAGAAUGAAAUUCGUCUACUACUACCGAGAUGAUAUAUAUAAUGUCUGAAAUAAAAGGAUUAGCUGAUAAACUAGAUGUCAUGGCUAAUGCUGUGUAUGCUCUUAUUGAGUCAAGAAAGCAAGAACAUAUCCAAGUGAAUGCAAGAGAUGAGAACACAAAGCUUAAGACUAAUUUUCAUCAAUCAUCUAGUAUCAACAGUGAUCAGGUAACAAAGUUACACUUAAACGUUGUUAUUUGUCUUUAUCAAUCUUUAUAUCUUCUAUAUAACAUUCUAUAUAACACAAACGAACGUUGUUAUUUAUCUACAGGAAAGUGGUGUUUCCAAGACUUGAAUUUGAGUCAUGAUAUUGAUUUCAGAAACUGGUAUAUUCCUCUUUUCUUUGCUGUUAGAGAACGAUGAAUUUUGUGGUGAUUAUAUAUGGUUAGAGAACAUAUACAUAGAA